AUGCGUUUAUGGACUGGUACCAGUGCUUGCGAAUACAGGGACGUACAAAGGACACCUGUGGAACUUUCCGACAGAUAUGCACCACCAGAGUAUCAUAAACAUAAAUACUAUGAUGCUAAACAACUUGAUAUGUGGUCUAUUGGAAUUGUUGUUUACAUACUGCUGGCUGCCUCCCAUCCGUUUGAAGAUAACAGCUUGGCGGUCACAAUAGAGAACAUCAAGAGCUGUACGCCGAGCAUUGAACGGAUAAGAAGAGUGAACGCAGAUGUCUCGAAAUUCGCAAUAGAUUUGGUGGAAGGGACUCUCAAGUAUCCUCCGCAAGACAGAUUAACAGCAAGAGCAGCAGUGAACUUAGCCAAACGUGUCCGUAUACAGCCUUAA